AUGCUAUACAAAGCCCAUCGCAGACGCUCGACAUCGAAUCGGACAAUGAAAAUGAAUAGUACUAGCGCUCCUCGAGUUGCGCCAGCUGCCACCAACUCGAUAGAAAAGCCAGUUGGCAUAGUUGCGCAAAAUGCUCCCCUUCCACCUCUUCCUGUAGAUGCUCACCCACCACCCGGAUUAGAACCACGACCACCAGCCAUUCAAGCUGCUAAAACUGUUAUUCAGCAUGAGCGAAUAGCCGAAAUUCCAACAGUGAACGUCAUUAAUAAAGAAAAUAAGAAAGGAGUUUACAAAGCCGAGCCAGUGCAAUCCAAAGAACAAGAAGGCAACAACGAAGUUCUACCUAUUCUUGGAGCUAGCCCUCCAAUGUCUGUUAACUACCAAACAGGAGAGGUCAAAAAUAAACAAAGCGGAAUUCGAACAUUCCUUCAAAGUAGUGGAAGACUAGCUGUUGAAGAUUCUGAUUUGACCGAAGGUGAAUCUACAAGGAGGCGCGAUUCUCUCUCUUGUCCAAACGGUCUGCAAGAACUUCGCUAUGCUGAUGGCCGCUCUGUGAUGUGCCUACCAGGAAAGAAUCAGGUUGGUGUUGAGUGCGAGUAGCU